AUGGAUAAAGUUAAUGAAAAUAUUAUUAACUGUAGGAGACUGCAUAGAGCAAAUAUGAUAUUUGCUACCAUAAGUAAUGAUUAUAAUUACAUUUGUAUUAUUACUUUUUAUGAAAAUAAUUAUAAUUUAGAAUUAUUUAGUACUAAUAAUCAUAUGCAAAAGAUAUUUAGAAAAACAAUUAUGGAUGAAAUUAAUAAAGUCUACAUAAAUUAUAAUAAUAAAUAUAUUUGUGUGACUAGCAAAAGUGGCAGCAUAUAUAUUUUAGAUAUGAAAGGAAAUUUUAUUCAUAAAAAUGAAACAAUGCAUUCAUUAUAUAAACCCAAAAAAAUGAAAAAUAAAAAUAAAUUUCAAAAUUUAAUAAAAAGAAAUAAAAAGGAAUCUCUAAAUAGCAGUACGAAUGAUAAAAUACUGUAUGAAGAAAAAGACAGAAGUAAUAAUAAAAAUAUGAAUAAAAGAUAUAAAGUUGAUAGAAUAUCAAAAAACAAAAAUACGAUACUUACAUAUUUUAAUAGAAAAAAUAAGACAUAUAAAAAUAAAUCAAAAGAUGAAUUAAAUUCUAUAAAAUAUACUUUAUCCUCUAUAGUUGAUUGUAGAAAAAUACGUCAAAAAAAAAAAUUAAUUAACAAAAUGAAAAUUGCAAAAAAAAUAAGUAGAAAUUGUAAUAAAAUCAUUUAUAAAAAGAAAAAUAAUAAGUACGAUAAUAAUAAUAUCACAAAAAAUAAUAAUAAUAAAACAAAAAUUGUUAAAAUAAAUAGCAAAAAUAAUAUAAAAAGUUUUCUUUCGAAUUCAAAAAAUAAUUAUUUUAAUAGAAAUAUAUAUAAUAGUAUAAGUAAAGAUAAUUACAUAAAUGACAGGGAUAAAAAAGCUGAAGAUAAAAACAAAAAGAUAGAAUUUUCUGAGAGAGAUGAUUUUAAUUAUAAUUUCUCAUCUCUUUCGGAGUCUUCAUUUGAAAAGAGUUUAAAUGAUUUUUUUACGAUAAAAAAUGUGGAAGAAAAAAAAAAAAAAAAUUAUAAUGUAGAAUAUGAAAAGUUAUGUUUAGAAAUAGUCGAUAUAUAUUGGAUAAGUAUAGAAAAAGAAAAUAAAAACAAAUUUAUUGAUAGUAAUAAUUGUUUUUAUGAUUACAAUUUUUAUGAUAAUUUACAUAUUAUAUAUAGUUUAGAUGCAGCAUUUAAUAUUUUAUGCUCGAUAAAUCUGAAAAUAAUAAUUUAUAAAUAUAAUAUAUUAGAACAUUUUUAUAAAAAUAUUAAUUCCUACAAAGAAUUAAGAAAUAAUAUCAUUUAUUGUUUUAAAGAAAAAUUUUUAAAAAAAUGUAAACACAAGAAUCACUACCUGCAAUUUUUUAAGUUAAGUAAAUGUUAUUACAAAAAUAAAACUUACAGCUUAAAUACUUCCAUUAAUAGAUACAAAAAUAAAAUAGAUUUAAAAUUUUUACACAAACAAAAUAAAACAGUUGAUUUAUCUCAUUAUCAUUUAAAUAUAAAAGAUGAUGUAAUUAAAAGAAUUUUUAACGAUAUAAUUAUUGAUAUUAAGCAAUCUUAUGUGUCUAAUGACCAACAUUAUAUAUUGAUAAAUUAUUAUAUAAAUAUUAAAGAAAAAUACAUAAAUUUUUCUAGUUUAAACUUAAAAACAAAUGAGAAAAAAAAUGAGAAAAAAAAUGAGAAAAAAAAUGAAAAAAAAAAUGAAAAAAAAAAAUAUGAAAAAAAAAAAUAUGAAAAAAAAAAAUUUGAUCUAAUUAAAAUAUACAAAAAUAGAGAAAAGAUGGAUAAAUUUCAGUCUUCUAAAUGCAAAUUAUGUUUUUUAGGAAUACAAAAGAUAAGUUGUAUUGAUAAAGAGUGCAAAUCGGUUGAAAAAAUUAUGUUGUAUUUACUUUACUCAUAUAAUAUAAUUCAGAAUAUAUAUAACUUAUAUGAAAAAAUGUCAGCUAUAUAUACACAAUUUGAUGAUUAUAAAAAAUUAUAUAAAAUAUAUGAAAAUAUAUUACAAUUAAACGAUAAUUUAAAAAAAUUUUAUUACAAAGAUAGGGAAAUUAUAUAUUUUUCAAAAUAUGUAAAAAACAGAAAAGAAAGUUUUGAUGAAAAUUUAUAUAAUUUAUUUUUUAAAGAAAAUGAAAAGCAUGAUUUCGCACAAUAUUAUGACAUAAUGAGAAAAAUGAUAAAAGAUAAAAUAGUUUGUUGUUCUUGUUCUAAAAACAAAUUUUUCAAUGAAAAUUUAGAAAAUAAUGAAAUAGAAAAAUGUGAAAGUGAAAUAUUCGAGAUAAAUAAUUAUCUUGAUUGUAAAAAAGAAAUUGGUUUAAUAGACAAUCAAAAAAAUAAUAACAAUUUUAAUAAAAGUAUAACCACAAAUCUUCAUAUUAAUAAAAAAGAGAAUGACAUAAAGGAACAAAAGAAUAUGAAUAUUAUAAAAAAUAAGAAGAGUAAAGUAAGUAAACGUAAAAUAAAUAAUAUAAAAAGAGAUGAAUUACAAGGUGAACUAAAAAAAUUCAAUAAAAUGAAUAGUGUAGAGAAUUUAGAAAACAAAGAAUUAAAUAAUUUAUGUAUAAAAAAGAAUAACAGUAAUAUUAAUAACACAUUUGAUUGUGAUAUUAUAAAAAUUAAUCAGCAAGAAAAAUAUGUAAAUAAUAAAAAUAAAAUCUACAUGCCUUUUUACAACUUAAAAAAUUAUAAUAGUAUUGAAAAAAAAGAAAAACCUAAUGAUACCAAUAUUAAAAUGACUCUUUGUAAUGAAAAUUACGACGAUGAGAUAAAAAUAAAUAAUGGUAUAAUAAUAAAUGAAAAAUUAAAGAAAAAGAAAAUAUCCAAUAUCUUCAUAAAAGAAGGUAAUGAUAAAAUUAAAAAUGAGUUGAGUGUAGAUUUAGAGAAAACUCUAAAAAUUUCUGAAAUUUCAUCAAAAGAAAAUUUUUUAAAAAGUCGCAAAUUUAUUAUAAAAAAUGGUGAAAAUAUAUGUAACACUUGCAAUGAUUUAUUAAAGAAAGACAUGCUUAAUAAUUUUGAAAAUUUUGAAUUAAAUUAUGAAAUACCAAAAAAAAAUAUUAAACUAAGUAAUGAAGAAAUAUAUAAUUCAUUGAUUAAAGAUAUUUAUAUAAUGUAUACAGAAAAAAAAUGUCCUGUAAAUAUUUUGCUACUAUUACAAGAAUUAAGUGAUAAAGAAUUAGAAAGUUGUAUGGGUAAUUUUCAACUAAUUUUGCAAUUUUAUGAAAAAACUUUCCUUCAAAAUGUAAAUGAUCAUUUAAAUAAUCUUUUUAAUAUAGUUAAUAUAUGCAAAACAUUAUCUAAUAAUGUAAGUGUAAUCUUAAAAAAAUAUUGUAAUCAACAAAUAUCAAAACUUCAUGACGAUAUAAUUUAUUGUUUAAAAAAUUUUCAAUCUUUUUUUCAUUUACAUAAACAUUUAAAUAUCUUCUUAUUUUUUAUGGAAUUAUUAUUAUUUAUUUCAAAAAAUAUAUAUUUUGAAAAUUUUCCUCAUUAUAAAGAAACUUUUUCAAAUUAUAAAAAUAUUGAAAUAUUAAAAAAUUACCAUUUUAUUAAAAGUUAUAAAAUAAAUUUUAAUCAUUUUGAUGAAUAUUUGCAUAACAAUUAUAUAAAAACUCACAAAUUUUAUAUAAGUUUAAAUAAAAUCAGAAUUAAAUUAAUUAAAAUUUUUAAAUCAUUUGCAUAUAAUAAAAAUUUGUCUUCUCUUUUUAAUAUAUCUAUUUUAAAUGUACCAAUUAAUAAAUUUAACUAUUUUACUCUACCUAAGAAUAGUAGAAAAAAUAAUUCAGUUCAGAAUUUUUCUUAUUUUGAUGACUUUGUUUUUAAGAAUAAUUCAAAAGUUUAUCCUUUUUAUAUUUGUACAUGUGAUAAAUAUUCAUUUAUAAAUAUAGCCAAAUAUUAUCAAUCAGAACAAAAUUUUAUAUUAAUUCAAAGGAAAUCAUUAAAGAUUAACCUUUAUCCAUUAGACGUAUUAAAUAUUAUAGCAAUAUCUAAAAGCUUUUUUUACAUUUUUACAAAAAAGGAUAAAAAAUUAAAUAUAACUUCAUUAAAAGUAAAAUAUGGUUAUUCUAAAAAAAAUAGAAAAAAUAUCUUAAAAUAUAAAAAUAAUUUAAGUAAUUUAAAUAAUUUAUGCGUUCUAAAGUGUUCUAACCUAGAAUCUUAUUUCCCUAAUUUAAAUAAUUUUAAACUUAAAACUCAAAUUUUAAAUAAUUCUAUUAUUGCAAAUUGUGAACCAGAUAUGUGUAUAAUUUUACAUAUAUGGAAUUAA